GUUGAUUGCAGGACGUCUGGAUGCUGUACCAGUCAGUGUGAGAUAAAAAAAAGACUGAGUGAAAACCAAAACAAUACUUCAUCGUUUAUAUUUUAUAUCUAAGGCAGAUAUAGUUCUUAAAAAGGUUUUGAAAUUUGAACAACUGCAUGAAACGAAUUUUACUUUUUUUUUUCUCCUUUCAUGAAAACGUAUUGAACCUAUUCAAUUGACAACUGGAUUUCAAAGAUAUUUCUCUUCAGAUAAUUUAGAGUAAUUUUGAUAUUCUUCAGUGCUUGAAGCGAAAUCAUGGCAAGAUUUAUACCGGCAAAACUAGCACAUUUCAUUGCUGACCCAGAAACUGGAGCAAAUCAAAAUUUAUGCCCAAUCAUUUUUCUUCAUGGUUUGGCGGGAUGAAAGGAAAGUUGGGGUAAAAUACCCCAAGAAGUUACAAAUGCAGCAAAACGAAGGGCUUUUGUUGUUGAUCAAAGAAAUCAUGGAGACGCGGAAUGGACGGACGAAUUUAAUUUCGAUAUGCUGGCUCAUGAUUUGCUGCACUUCAUGGACAGUUACCAGAUUAAGAGAGCAAUAUUGGUUGGUAUGAGUAUGGGAGGAACAGUGGCUAUCAAUGCUGCUCUGACAAAUCCUGAAAGAGUUGAAGGGUUAUUUGUUGUAGACAUGACUGUUGGGAAGUACUCCGAAUCACUAAUUGAACUCAUCAAAUCGGGCAUGACGAGAGUCCAUAAUUUUCUGAAGCAAAUACCUCCAGACACCGAUGCGGAACAAGUAAUUCUAACUAUGUCUGAGGAGAUACAAAAGAUUAUCCCGGAGGGCUUGACUGGAAAAGUGAAAGAGCAAAUGAUCGAUUCAUAUUUAGGUUUCUUGAAACGCCAGAAAAACGGACAUUGGAGUUCCAGAGCAAAUAUUCCCGUUUUGAUUAAAGCUUUGAAUAAUCCAGACAGUCUUAUGUCUGACCCCGAAGGCAUCUAUAGUGGUCCUUCAACAUUCAUCUAUGGAACUGAAUCAAUUUUGGAUUUCUCAACAAAUGAAGCUAGAAUUAAGCAACAUUUUCCUGGGGCGAAGAUGGUGGCAAUUCAAGGAUCUUCUCACAAUAUAAUAGCAGACUGUCCAGAUAUGCUUCAAAAAACUCUUUUGGAAUUUCUGUCUAAAGUGUAACUUAUAUCUGCUUUCCCCCACA